AUGGCGGCGGCCUUGACUGAACGGAGCUGCCUAGAGCUUAAUGCGGUUGCUCGUUCCCCACCCAGACGCCUUCAGGAGGUAGUUUUUAACCCACCCGGAACGGCUCCGCUCCCCGCUGGUCGUUACGGAGACAGCGCUGGGGGGUUUUGCUACCAGGAGAGCGCGCAAGUCGCUGCCGUUACCAGGAAUCGCUUCGUGCGAUGGACCACAUCGGGAGACACUGUGGAGCUGGUGGAAGAAUCUUUGGAUGUCAACCUCCUCAACAACGCCGUCCGCCUCUGCAUCCGAGGCUGUCCGUUUCUCCCGGGGGGUGUGCACUUCUGCGAGCUGCAGAGCCACUUGGUCAUCCUCCUGAUCACGGGGCAGACUGUUCAUCGUCUGUUCCUGCCGCAUCCCGCCCGAAUGUACCGCAGUGAGCUGAUCACAGAGAGCCCAAUGCAGUCUGUGUUCACAGAUUUUGGCAAGAUUGACUUCAGAGACCCUUCCAGUUACUGCACCAUCCCCAACGUGCCAGGGCUGGCCCCCAACUCGGUCGCCUCGGCAGCAUGGCUGAGCAGUGAGGGGGAAGCUCUCUUUGCUCUGCCCUCAGCAUCUGGAGGGAUCUUUGUCCUUAAGCUGCCUCCUCACGAUGCACCUGGAACGGUGUCGGUGGUGGAGCUGAAGCAGAGCUCGGUCAUGCAGCGUCUCCUGACCGGUUGGAUGCCAACUGCCAUCAGAGGUGACUGUGGCCCCUCCGACCUGCCUGUCAGCCUCUCCGUGCACUGCCUGGAGCAUGAUGCCUUCCUCUUUGCCCUCUGCCAGGAUCAUAAACUUCGGAUGUGGUCCUACAAAGAUCAGAUGUGCCUGAUGGUUGCAGACCUUCUGGAGUUCAUACCGGUCAGCAGGGACCUGCGGCUCGCAGCUGGGACCGGCCACCGCCUGCGACUGGCCUUCUCCCAGUCCCUGGGGCUUUACCUGGGUGUCUACAUGCAUGCACCCAAGAGAGGACAGUUUUGUGUCUUCCAGCUGGUGAGCACUGAGAGCAGCCGCUACAGCCUGGACCACAUUUCCUCCCUCUUCUCCUCCCAGGAGACUCUUGUUGACUUUGCCUUAACCUCGGCCGAGAUCUGGGCACUGUGGCACAACGAGGAGAACCAAACGGUUGUGAAAUACAUCAACUUUGAGCAAAAUGUGGCAGGGCAGUGGAACCAGGUCUUUGUGCAGCCUCUGCCUGAGGAGGAGGUGACAGUUCGACAUGAUCAGGACCCCAGGGAGACCUACCUGGAGUACCUCUUCAUGCCCGGGCGCUUCACCAACGCAGCUAUCCAGAAGGCUCUGCAGAUCUUUUCUCAAGGAACUGAGAGGCACAUGGAUCUGACAUGGGAUGAGUUAAAAAAGGAGGUUACCUUGGCUGUGGAAAGUGAGUUCCAGGGCAGUGUGACAGAGUAUGAGUGCUCACCAGAGGAGUUCUGGCAGCUGCAGGUGGAGUUCUGGUCCAAGUUCUAUGCCUGCUGCCUUCAGUACCAAGAAGCAAUCUCGCAGCCGCUGGCCCUGCUCUUGAACCCUUACACCAGCAUGGUCUGCCUGCUAAAGAAGGGCUCUCUGUCUUUCCUCAUGCCCUGUCCCUGGGUGGACCACCUCUAUCUCCUCUCCAAUGAGCACCUCCUGACUGAGGACGAUGCUGCUAUCUUUGAUGAUUUGGAGAUGUCUCGUGAUGUUGUCUGUCUUGUCCAGUGCCUUCGCCUGAUCGGGGAAUCAAUUUCCAUGGAAAUGGCCUUCAGCAUGGAAAUGGCCUGCUCCCGCCUCCAGCCUCCAGAAAAGGCUGCAGAGCAGAUCCUGGAGGACUUGAUAGCUAAUGACACGGAAAACGUGCUGGAGGAGAUCCACAGCAAACUGCAGGAGAUCAGGAACCCCAUCCAUGCCAUCGGGGUGCUCAUCCGAGAGAUGGACUAUGAGAUGGACACUGACAUGGAGAGAGCUCCUCACUUAAGCCUGCAGCUGAACCUGAGCCAGCUGUACGGCAGCGGCACGGCUGGCAGCGUGCUGUGCUGGGGGGUCUGUAAGAUUGCCACCAUCCGCUUCCUCAUCUGCCGGGACCUGCUGAUCCUCCAGCAGCUCUUGCUGAGGCUGGGAGAUCCUAUGGUUUUGGGAGGGGGCCAACUCUUCCAGUCUCAGCAGGACCUGCUGCACCGCACCUCUCCCCUCCUGCUCUCCUACUACCUGAUCAGGUGGGCGAGCCAGUGCCUGGCCUCGGAUGUCCCCGUCGACACGCUGGAGUCUAAUCUGCAGCAUCUCUCUGUGUUGGAGUUAGCAGACACCACUGCUGUUACACCCCAUAAGCUAGUAUCCAGUCCUCAAACAAUUGUGGAGCUGUUUUUCCAGGAAGUGGCCAGAAAACACAUCAUCUCCAGACUCUUCUUGCAACCAAACACCUCUUUGGCUGAAACAAGUUUGAACUGGCCCCAUCUGGUUACUGCCAUCGUGGCUGAUUUUCUGCCUCUCCUAUGGCCCAGCAAUCCUGGAUUCCUCUUCCCUGAGUGCCUGAUGGGAAGCUGUCAGUAUACCCAGCUACAGGAAUACAUUCGCCUGCUGCAGCCCUGGUGCCAUGUGAACAUGGGCUCCUGCUGCUUCAUGAUGGGCCGCUGCUACCUGGUCAUGGGUGAGGGCCACAAGGCUUUGGAUUGUUUCCGCCAAGCUGCCUCAGAGGUGGGAAGAGAGGAGUUCUUGGACAGGCUGAUCCAACCUGAGGAGGGUGAGAUGGUCUCCACCCCACGCCUGCAGUACUACAACAAGGUUCUGCGCUUGUUGGACAUGGUGGGUUUGCCAGAGCUGGUCAUCCAGCUGGCCACCUUGGCCAUCAUGGAAUCAGCAGAUGAUUGGAGAAGCCAGGCAACUUUGAGGACUUGUAUCUUCAAACAUCACUUGGAUUUGGGGCACAACAAUGAAGCAUAUGUUGCCUUAACACAAAACCCAGAUCCAGGCAGGCAGCUGGACUGUCUACGCCAGCUAGUGGUGGUUCUCUGCGAGCGCUCCCAGCUCCAGGACCUGGUGGAGUUCCCCUACAUCAACCUCCAUAAUGAGGUGGUGGGGAUCAUCGAGUCGCACGCCCGGGCAGUGGACCUGAUGAACCACAACUACUAUGAGCUGCUCUACGCCUUCCACAUCUACCGCCACAACUACCGCAAGGCUGGCACAGUGAUGUUUGAGUAUGGCAUGCGCCUGGGCCGGGAGGUGCGGACGCUCCGAGGGCUCCAGAAGCAGGGAAACUGUUUCCUUGCUGCUCUCAACUGCCUCCGGUUGAUCCGCCCUGAGUACGCCUGGAUAGUGCAGCCAGCUCCUGGAGCUGUGUAUGAACGUCCUGGAGCAUCCCCAAAAAGAAGCCACGACGGGGAGUGUGCAGCUGUUCCAACUUCUCACCAAAUUGAGAUCCUGGAGCUGGAGGAUCUGGAGAGGGAAUGUGUGCUGGCGCGAAUCCGGCUGACCCUGGUGCAGCAUGACCUGUUGACAGCAGCAGUGGCAGGCAACUCUACCCCUGAAGAAACGGUUGCUCUCCUGAUCCGGGCCGGCCUCUUCGACACCGCCAUCACCCUGUGCCAGACCUUCAAGCUGUCCUUGACACCUGUCUUUGAGGGACUCACCUUCAAGUGCAUCCAGCUGCAGCUGGGAGGGGAAGCAGCACAGGCAGAGGCCUGGGAAUGGCUCGCAGCAAACCAACUCUCAUCACUGGUUAACACCAAGGAGUGCAGUGCCACGGAUGAAGCUUGGCGGCUGCUGUCGUCCUACCUGGAGCGUUACCCAUCCCAGAACAGUCUGUACCAAUGCUGUGUCAUCAACAAGCUCUUGGCACAUGGCAUCCCCCUGCCCAACUGGCUCAUCAACAGCUACAAGAAGGUGGAUGCUGCUGAGCUGCUGCGUCUGUACCUGAAUUACAAUCUGCUGGAAGAGGCAGUGGACUUGGUCCUGGAGUAUGUGGAUGCUGUGCUGGGCAAAGGACAUCGCUAUUUUGGAAUGGAGCUUCCGCUUUCUGCUACGGCCCCCAUGGUGUGGCUGCCCUACACUGCCAUUGACCAGCUGCUCCAGGCUCUGCAGGGGAGCACCACCAACCACUACAAUGUCGUGCUUUAUCAGAAGCUGAAUGAUAAGAUGGAGGCCUACCAGCAGAAGGUUAAUGUGGUCACCCAUGACAACUUGUACCGCCGCAACUAGCAGCACCCAGCCAGCCUUGGCCACCGCUCCUGCUCCAGGUGACAUCCCUGGGAGCUGACACCAUCCCCUCCUGCCACCAGCUCAGCCAUUGCUGCUGGUUUUUACUGGUUUAUUUUCCAUAAGGAUCCACUCUGGGGA